UCAUGCCUGCCAGCAGCAGCAACUCCGAGUGCGGGCGCCGAGCGUGGGGGAUGCUGCCGCCGCCGCGCAGGCGGCUCCCGCUGCCCCGCUCCACUCGGCCGCCGCGCUGGCACUGACUCCGCUCGGCCCCCUCCCAGCCUGGGAUCCUCCCGCGGGGCUCAGCGUCCCGACGCGAAUUAGAAGAGAAACACACGGAGAGGGCGAGACUGCCGGGGAGAGCGCCGCGAGCAUGCGGAGGCUGGGGAGCCUGGGCGCGCAGCACCGCGGGGUGUAGCGCGCGGCUCCGGGGCGUGCGGGGGCGGCGCAGUCGCGCUCUGCCGGGUCCCCGGCCCACCUUCGCGGGCUUCGGCGCUGCGGCUGCCGGCGCAGGGUGCAAGGAAGCGGCGGCUGCGGCGGAGGCGGCGGCGGCUGCCCCAUGGAGUGUUACUACAUUGUCAUCAGCUCCACGCAUCUCAGCAACGGACACUUUCGCAACAUCAAGGGAGUUUUUCGGGGCCCUCUUAGCAAGAACGGGAACAAAACUCUGGACUAUGCUGAGAAGGAGAAUACCAUAGCAAAAGCUCUGGAAGACCUGAAGGCCAAUUUUUACUGUGAGCUCUGUGACAAGCAGUACUAUAAACAUCAGGAAUUUGACAACCACAUUAAUUCUUAUGACCAUGCUCACAAGCAGAGGCUCAAAGAACUGAAACAAAGGGAGUUUGCUAGAAAUGUAGCAUCUAAAUCCAGGAAAGAUGAAAGAAAACAGGAAAAGGCACUCCAGCGCCUGCACAAGCUGGCUGAGCUAAGAAAGGAAGCUGUAUGUGCUCCUGGAAGUGGCCCCAUGUUCAAGUCAACAACUGUUACUGUGAGAGAAAAUUGUAAUGAAAUUUCCCAAAAAGUUGUUGUGGAUUCAGUUAGUAACCAGCAGGAUUUCAAAUAUACUUUGAUUCAUAGUGAAGAGAGUACUAACGAUGUUACAACAGUUGCUGUAGAUCCAGAAAGAGCAAAUAAUUAUACAGAAAAAAAUAGUCAACUUGGGGAUCAAGCCCAGGGAAUUCACAGACACAAAAUCGGCUUUUCUUUUGCAUUUCCAAAGAAAGCAUCCGUGAAGCUGGAGUCUUCAGCCGCAGCCUUCUCUGAACACAAUGAUGAUGCCUCUGUGGAAAAGGGAUUUAGCAGAAAAAGUAGAUUUGUCCCCAGUGCUUGUCAUCUUCAGCUAUCUUCACCAACAGAUGUGCUUUUGAGUUCCGAGGAGAAAACUAACUAUUUUCAUCCACCAGAGGCAAUGUACACUGGUAAAGAAACUGCUCAAACUCAAGAGAUAAAAGAAGUCUCUAGUGAAAAGGAUACAUUAUUAUUAUCUUCAUUUUGCCAGCUUCAACUCCCUUUAUCUUCUUAUGCAGAUAAUUGCCAAAAUUCAGUUCCAGUAGCAGAUCACAUACCACCGCAAGAUAUUAUUAAAGAAGGCAUACCUAUGAAUGGUAACAGUUCUGAGCUGUUAGGAACUAAAACCACAGGUUUUGAUAUGUCUACUGAUUGUGUUUCUGUGCAAGCUAACACAGAGGAAAAUAUUCAGGAUGAUCAGACAUCUGCAAUUAAAGUUGAAAAUAAAAAUGGUCCUGAGACACUGACCCUUUCAAAUACCCAACAGGAUAAUACAACUUUACAUAAAAAAACAGAUUUAUAUAAAAGGCAAUGUAAGCCAUUUGUACCUGUACUUAACAAAUACGGGUCAACAGUUCUUCAGUGGCCAUCAGAAAUGCUGGUUUACACAACUACUGAACCAUCAAUUUCCUAUAGCUGUAAUCCUUUAUGUUUUGAUUUCAAGUCCACUAAAAUAAACAAUAAUCUAGAUAAAAAUAAGCGGCCCUUAAAAGAUCUCCAUUCUCAGCAGAAAGAAGAAGACAUUUGCAAGAGUCUGGUUUCAGAGUGCCAUGAGGUGUCUAUUGCAGGACUCACGGGUGGUAACAGAAAUGAACACACCCAAGUCGCUUCUCUUUUGACUGAUGAUGCUCUCUCCAACAGUUGUGAUUCUGAAAAGAAUGAGAAUAUGGGUCAAAGGUUUAAAAAAAGUUCCCGUAGAAUCAAAAAAACAGAAAAAUACAAUUUUACUAAAACUCAAAUAAAACAGGACACUCUAGAUGAGAAAUAUAACAAAAUAAAGUUGAAAGAUACUCACGAAUACUGGUACCAUAAAAGUAGGAGAAAGAAAAAAAGAAGAAAGCUAUGUCAGCAUCAUCGUGGAGAGAAAACCAAAGAAAUAGAGACUCACUACAGAAUGGAAACAAACAAUAGUUACACUAAUACAACAGGGAAAAAUCCACUGGUAUCAGUUUCAGAAAAACAGAGUCUAUCUGUAGAGCAAUUGGUAGAUUCACUUCAGCUACCUGAUAAAAGGCCCAAAGCAGCAUCGUUAAGUGAAAAUGAAGAAAUAUAUAAAACCUGCAAUCCUGAAGAUAAUAUUAAUGCUAUCAGUUCUACAAACCACUGCAAAAAACACACAGCACUUUUAAGUGGACAAUCAAAUUCAACAAUGAUACAUUCUUGGAAACAUAAUUUAACAUACUCCAGAACGUAUUGUUGUUGGAAAGCCAAAAUGUCGAGUUGUAGUCAGGAUCACAGAUGCUUAGUUCUUCAAAAUGACGUGAAAUGCCUGAAUCAGAAUCAGGCUGUCAAAAGAGGCUACAAUUCUCUCACGAAUGAAUCCGAAAGAUUCUGUCGAAAACGUAGACAACAUUCAUAUUCUUACUCUUCAGAUGACAGUUUGCAUCAACACAAUCAUUUACCAAAAGAGUUCUUGAGACCACCAAGUGCUUCUGUCACUCCCUGUAAGCCUAAAAAGAAACGAAGGAGAAAAAGAAGCAGAUUUCACACUGAAUUUGAACAUUUAGAACUCAAAGAAAACACAGAUUAUCCCAUGAAAAUAAAUUCUCCCUUAAAUCACCUGGAUGGAUUAACAAGUGAAGACAAGAAAGAAGAAAUGAAACCACGAGAAGUUGCAAAUAUUGAAAGGAACUCAGAACAAACAGACCAAGUAAAAAACUCGCUGACUUUGCACCCUGGUGAUCCUCUUCCUUCUGAAACCAAUGAUGAAACUGAGCAUUUAGACAUGGCCGUUGCUUCUGGUGAAUUGUCAGAGGUUUCCAAUGGCGCCACCACAUCUGUCUCUGUAGCUAGUACCCCAACAAAAGAAGUAAUUGACAGCACCUUGCUUGAUCACAAAGAAAAAAGUGAGAAUAUACACCUUAAUGAAAAGCAUCCUCCUUUCAAGGUGUCUAAUAUUGAAAGGGAGUUUAGACAGUCACCACCUAAAUCACAAUUUUGCCACUUUGAGCUGGCUGAGGCCCUUCCACAAGGAAAGAAGAAUGAGGCAUCAACUGAGUGGCUGCAUUAUAAUUCAGGAAUCCUUAAAACACAACCACCAGUACCCUUCAAGGAAGCACAUGUCAGUGGCCAUACCUUUGUAACAACUGAGCAAAUCCUGGCUCCACUAGCUUUGCCUGAACAAGCAUUGUUGAUCCCACUAGAAAACCAUGACAAAUUCAAAACUCUACCAUGUGAGAUCUACCAGCACCUUGUACAGCCAAACAUGCUGGCCAACAAGGUCAAAUUCACCUUUCCUCCAGGUGCCCUUCCACCCCCUAGCACACCUCUACAGCCUUUGCCUCUACAGCAGCCCUUCUGUUCUACCUCUGGAACCACUAUCCAUCACACUGUUUUGCAGCAGCAUGCUGCAGCUGCAGCAGCUGCAGCAGCCGCCGCAGCUGCAGGAACCUUUAAAGUGCUCCAGCCACACCAACAGUUUCUUUCCCAAGUCCCACCUCUCACCAGAACAUCCUUACCUCAGAUCUCAGUAGGACCGGUAGGACCGCGGGUUUGUCCUGGGAACCAGCCACCUUUUGUUGUUUCUCCUCAGAUGUCAAUCAUUCCAGCUUCUGUUCUUCAUCCAAGCCAUCUGGCUUUCCCACCUUUGCCCCAUGCGCUCUUCCCUUCACUGCUCUCCCCACACCCUACUUUCAUCCCUCUACAGCCCCUCUUCUAGCCACCACCAUAAAGGGGAAAGAAAAUACUCAUGUGAAAACUACUGCUAUAUGCGUUAAGUGUUCAUCUAAGUGAGUAACUGGCUGUUUCACUGGUGGAAGUACACUAGCCAAAGGAUGGCCUCGUUAAUUUGAAAUCAUUUACUGUAAAUGUAACGAUGCAAAUAAACUUUUAAGUUACUGAUAUAUAAUAUUAUUAAAGCACUGAAUAGUUUGAAAAUCAAUACAAUAUAUGCUGUAUAUUAAAAUGAUGUCUUAAGAGUAUGUAUAAUGUACAUAAAAUAUAUUUAUAGUAUAUAAUUUAUGUUGUAAAGUAUGCUCUUUGGUUUUUUUUUAUCUUUGUGUAUUUGCACCUAUUUAAUGUUUAGACAAAGCGGACGGCACUAUGUUUUGUAUCAUGUUCCUUGGAACUGUAAAUUCAGUGAAAUAUAUCUCUUGCAAUAAAUUUUUGUUAACUAUUUAA